AUGAAAGCUGGUAUUCCUCACAGCAAUGGCAUGAGUUCUGGACCUGGUGGACUCAUGUUUGACCCGAAGCCAAUUAUCUAUGGAAUGUUGACAAAGGCACCUCGUUUCUUGUUGAAUUCAUUAGACUCUAUAAUUAUAGGCAUUUUGGCGGCCUAUGUGGUACUGAUUAUUUUUUUAGGGGCGUCAAACUUUUUUAUCCGCAUCUUAGAAAUCGCAUUCGUGGUGGGUGUAGGGUAUGGCCUUGGAUGGUUGUUACGCUUUAUUCUUUCCUAUAGCGAGCGCGUGUUGUCGCCUUCUAGUCAGAAUGGUGAUGAUAAACCCGCCAAGGCCGAAAGUAGUUCGUCAUUGACAACCGCGAGGGAGAAGGAUUCUUUUUCUAUGGCGAAAAGUUCACAGAAACAUUCGUCUAAGGAAAAAGUUGUAGAAAUGGAUUAA